AUGUCAAACACCAGAUACACGGCCGUCGCUCAUGACGACGAUGCUCAAUAUUCCCAAGCCCCUCCAUCGUAUGCGGCUGAGCCGUCCUCGUCCGCCGAUCAAGAAGCGCUGUUAGGGGGCCCAAGGAGCAGCGAGGACAACAUUCCCGAUGACUUCAAGUUCGGAGGCUCGGUCGCAGAGGCAACCAUCGAUAUUAGAAUGGCUUUCGUGAGGAAGGUCUACGCUAUUCUCACUGUGCAGCUUAUUGCCACUGGUAUCAUAAGUUGUUUUUCCUUCUGGAGCCCCUCAUACAAGCUAUGGAUCCGGUCCCAUCCAUGGAUGCUGUUCAUCUCGCUCUUCGGUGCCAUCGCCAUGAUGCUAUUGACCUACUGGAAGCGAAAGUCCUACCCCACGAACCUCCUCUUCCUAUCAGGUUUUACAGUACUUGAGGCAUACUCUGUAUCCGUCAUCGUAUCCUUCUACGACUCGCGAAUCGUCCUCCAAGCAGUCCUGCUCACGGCCGGCAUCUUCGUUGCGCUCACGCUCUUCGCAUGCCAGACAAAGUACGACUUUACAUCUUGGAUGCCAUAUUUGUUCGGUGCUUUGUGGGCGCUGGUUCUCUUCGGCUUCAUGGCGAUGUUCUUCCCUGGAAACAGCACGGUUGAGCUUGCGUAUUCCGGUGUUGCCGCGUUGCUCUUCUCUGCGUAUAUUUUGGUGGAUACGCAGCUUAUCAUGAGACAUUACCAUGUCGAGGAGGAGAUUGCCGCUGCGAUUAGCCUUUACCUCGAUAUCAUCAACUUGUUCCUUGCCAUUCUUCGAAUCCUCAACCAACAGAACAACUAG